AUGUACGAGAUAAGUCCGUACGCAACGUUCAGCAUGUCGAGCGGCGCCGUGUGCAACGAGGGCGCGGGUGCAGGUGUGGGGGGCGCGGGUGUGGGGGGUGUGGGGGGGAGCGGCACUGCGGGGGGCAGUGUGGGCGGGGCCACGGCGGCCAGCGGCACGCUGCGCACGUUCGGGCGCGCCGAGCCCGCGCCGCUCAGCGCCGCGCCGCCACGGCACCACCACCAUGAUCCAGCUGACUCAGAUGAGUACACGUUGUCGCGCGCGAUGACGUUGAUGGUGCGGCGUGGCGAGUCCGACUCCGAAUCCAGCGGCUCGCCCUGCGCUGAGUGUAGCGCCGCUGGCUAUCAGCCCGCCAAGGAUGUCAGCUUAAAAGCGGAGAGCUACGGCGCGUUCCCGGAGGAGUCGUUCCGCGGCGUGACGGACUCGAGCGCGGAGUCGUGCGCGUCCGCCGCGCGCCUCCCCGCGCGCCGCCGCCCGCGCCGACACGCGCCCAGCGCACACAGAUACCCGCAGCGUCAGGAACAGGAGAGGCGAGAUUUUACGAUACACGUUUGAAGAACGACAAUAAAGACUGCUAUAAGCGACUAGAAAUAAUUAUUACUGUUAGUAGAUUAAUAUAAACGAUUUGUUGGUUUAUUUGUAACAAAGUUUCUAAUUUUGUAAUUAACUCGAAUUAUUCGCGGCCUAUUUGGAUAUUAUAUAGAGAUGUAUCUACCAUCGACAAAAAUGGACAAAAUUGUAAAUUUCGAAAUAUUUUUUUGAUACGUAAUAGGUACUGAAUAGGUUUGUUACUGUAUAUUUAAGGAUAAACUACAAAUAUGAGAGAAGGCAUUGUAAUAAUUUUAUA